AUGACCACUGUUUAUGAAGAAUAUAUUGCUCCUCAGGGCACACUGGUGAAGCCUUACUACUGGCUGUAUUUCACCAAAAGCUGUCCAAAAUGUCCAUAUCACAUCAAAACUGGGGAAGAAGCACGUGUUUCCUAUAUUGAAUUUUAUGAAACCUUUGGGUUUCCCUACGCUCAACCACAGUCAGGCAGGCAUUUGGUCUUCUAUGAAUUGAAGUUAUCAUCUGGCACCUUAGUGCAGAAAGGACAAGUAACUAACUGCACUUUAUAUCACCUUCAUCCAGAAUCUAUCUUCUUUGAUGUAGAUGGAUAUCUGGAUACACUUCUGUACUCCUAUGAAAAUAUUGCUUAUAUUACUAUCUACUCCAAUUACACCCCAUGUAAUGAAAGAACCCACUACUGUAUAAACAAAAUAUAUGAUUUCUUGGUAAAUUAUCCCAGCACAAGAUUGGAUAUUUAUUUCUCUGAACUCUAUCAUACUGAUGACCACUAUUCUGAAUCUGGAUGGAAUAGAGAAGCUCUCCACAGCUUGGCUUCACUUUGGCCAAGGGUGACCCUCAAUCCCAUCAAUAGUGCGAUGUGGCUGACAAUCCUUCACAGGUUUGUGAAUGGGGUGCCUCGGACGACACUUUACAACCCAGUUCUGCCUGAAAGAGCUUUUGCAGACAUGAACAACGCCCAUCAGAUAGCUGCCAUCACUGGAGUAAACCCUUCCUACAUAGAUGUUGCACCCCAAGCAAAGCAAUAUCAAAAGCAAUAUUUUAAGCCAAAAGAUGUAGACUUGUAUCCCAUUUCACAAGCACCACCUCCAGUUAUGAAUAGAAUGACAUUAAUGGUUCCACCCCAACUAUACCAGCCCUACAUGAAUCUUCCAAACAAGCUGGCAUGGCCUUUGUAUGUGCACCCACUUCAACAACAGAACAUUCAACCGAAGAAUGUGGUGAGACAUCUGAACAUGCCCAACACAUCCAGAUGGAAACCACCAGCAACCCCAUCACUACACAACAUUGAAUUAACUGAAACAGUUGAAAUUUUAGAAGUUCCAUUGAAGAAAAGAGCAAACAACUCAAAGCAACAGAGGAAGACAGGGAAAAGUGAAAAAUCUACGAGAAGGGAUUAG